GUUUCUUCUCCAUUAUGGGAUGGACUUCACAAAAGAAAGAUGAACGCCGUUGCUGCUGCUUCUUCCUCCGCCUUUCAUGCCGGUUAUCCUCUCCGUCAUCCCCGGAGAAGAAGAACCACCAAUGUCUUCCGCCCUCGCCGUCUCCAAUUUCGUUUCCGAGUUUAUAAUGAUUCAAACAAGAAUCAGGUAUCUCCAAAUCUCACCACUGAAAAAUCUGAAGCUGAUAAGCUUGUUGAUGGGUUGAACUUUGGUGAAAUUUGCAAUGAAUUUGAAUGCAUUAGCAGCCCCUCUGUCGAAGCCACGGCUAGACAGCUUGUUCGCGAUAUAUUAGAGCUUCGUCAGGGUAAUCGUGCUCUCGGAACCUUUGCUGUUUCUGUCAAGUACAAGGAUCCGGUUAGAAGUUUUACUGGUCGUGAGAAAUACAAGAGACCGCUGUGGAUAGUUGAUGCUUUCGAUAAGCCUACAGUGAGCGUGCAGGAAAUGACAAUGUUGUCGACGAGUGUGUUAAACAUUAAAUGGACAGUGAAAGGGAAACCGAGAUCUUUAGUUGGUGUUAGCAACAUCUUGGUUAAAGUAACUUCUAAAUUUACCCUGAAUCAGAUAAGUGGUCAGGUAAUUGAACACGAAGAGUUUUGGGAUUUGUCAUCGACUUCAGCUGUUGGUCAAGCUUAUUUCUGGAUUUCACGACGUUUGUUUGCAACAUUGGAGGCUGGAAAAGAUGUUUCCGACUCUAUUAAGAACAUCACCAAGCAAAUCACCACACCCCAAAAGGAGAAUACGGAGACAUAUCCAGAUCCUUCCGGAGAUCCAACCAAGUUCUUCCAAAGAGAUGACAGCUUUCAAAGGGAUGCAUACCAAUUUGCAUUGUUCUUGGCACUUGUAUAUUUUGUUGUACAGUUUUUGAAGUCAACACUGUAAAAUAAAAUAAAAACAGCUAUUUCUUUUUAAUUGUCUCUAUACAUAGUUGUAAUUUUAAUGUACACACAUUAUUGACAUGGAGUGACAUUGGCCAUGCCUUUUUUCUAUAUAUACAGUUUAUACUAUAUUGAGA